CGGGCGGCGCGGCGGAACCGGCGAUGCUGCUCUUCUGCCCGGCCUGCGGGAACGUGCUGGUGGCCGAGGAGGGGCCGCGCUGCCACCGCUUCGCCUGCACCACCUGCCCCUACGUGCGCAACGUCACGCGGAAGGUGACGAGCAGGAAGUACCCGCGGCUGAAGGAGGUGGACGAUGUGCUGGGCGGCGCCGCGGCCUGGGAGAACGUGGACUCCACGGCAGAGCCGUGCCCCAAGUGCGAGCACCCCCGCGCCUACUUCAUGCAGAUCCAGACGCGCUCGGCCGACGAGCCCAUGACCACCUUCUACAAGUGCUGCAACCCGCAGUGCGGGCACCGCUGGCGGGACUGAGGGCGGCGGGGACGGGCAGUGCUGCUGCUCCUGCAAUAAACGCGGCACUGCGGGCGA